UAUCUUACUUAACCAUCAGAUGACCGUUGUAUUAGGAGUUUAAUCGGUAAUAAAAGGCGCUAUACUAGUCUAGAGAGGUCUUGCACGUCAGGCUGGUGAAAGGCAGCUUCUCCCUGUACUCUAUCGUCCUUGACAAAUAACAGGCGAAUACUUUCUUUAAGCUUCUUUCUUCCCCUUAUCCUGAGCUAUGUCGGUUACACUUCACACAAAUCUCGGGGAUAUCAAGUGCGAGAUCGCCUGCGACGAGGUCCCCAAAACGGCCGAGAAUUUUUUGGCACUUUGUGCCAGUGGUUAUUAUGAUGGAACCAUAUUUCACCGGAAUAUAAAGGGUUUUAUGAUUCAAGGUGGAGACCCAACAGGCACAGGCAAAGGAGGGACCAGUAUAUGGGGGAAAAAGUUCAAUGACGAGAUCAGAGAGUCGCUUAAGCAUAAUGCUAGGGGUAUUCUAGCAAUGGCUAACAGUGGGCCGAAUACUAAUGGAAGCCAGUUUUUCAUAACUUAUGCAAAGCAACCCCAUCUCAAUGGAUUAUACACUAUAUUUGGCAGAGUAAUUCAUGGCUUUGAAGUCCUUGAUCUCAUGGAGAAGACUCAAACAGGACCAGGCGAUCGACCUCUUGCGGAGAUAAGGAUCAAUAGAGUGACAAUACAUGCUAAUCCACUUGCUGGCUAGUAGGAUCUUGGAAUGUCUGGUUGUAUGGCAUUUUGACAUUAUGUUGGCAUGAUUGUAACAAUGAUUUUUUUGUCGAAUAUCAAAAAAAAUUGAGACUGCUGAUGUGACCUGCAGUUUAAUGUACAGUAGCAUUUUUUUUUUUUUUUUAUAAAUCAAGAAAUGUAACAUUUGAAGCUAGUUUUAUUUUCUGAAUUCUGGCGUGUGAUUUAAGGUUUUGAAUUUGUUACGGUAUGAGAGCUCUGUUAUACA